GUUUCUGCAGAAAGGCUUCGGUAGCACACCGGAGCUCGGAUGACUGCUAGCGUCUAAACGGAGCCCGUUCCCGGUGUGUUGCGUCCGUCACGACCAGUGAUACGGAGGAUGCGCGUCUAACCCGAGCGCUGAGCUCCCCGUUUCUGCACGGCACCGAUGGCGACCCCGAUCUGAUCAUCGGAGGCUCGCCUCGCACCCAUCGGGUGGCCGGUGGUGAUGCUUCCCUGGCAAACGACGCCUCACUCCUCCUCAGCGGCACAGGUGUCGGCCGGUUCGAACCGAAACAACCACCGACGCCGCGGGGGAUGUACCACUCGACGCCGCCGCCGAUGCGAGCCCGUCUCCGGGGAGCAGCUCAGCUCCUCUCGGGUGCCUCUUAAUUGGGCCCGAUGAUGUGGAGUCGAAUCUACCUGGAGCGAUUGUUCCCGAGCGCCGUGGGCCAAGUUCCCUUGUGAUUCGCACGAUUGAUUUUUUUUUUUAAAUUUUUUUUAUCAAUGCAAUUUUAGUUGGAUUAUCUUUUUAAGAAUCAUUUUGGAAUAAAUGUUUGGCAGCAAAAGUGUGACAUUUGGAUUUACUGCAAGUAACAAGUGGAAACAACGACAGCAAUGUACUUGUAGUUGAGUUUUUUUUCACCAUGUCCAGAUCCAACAGUGUCAGCCCGCCCGGUGCCGGCGAGCACCGGUCUGCCUGGGGUGAGUCUGACUCUGUGGCUAACGGUUGCGCGUACUCUGCCCGGAGGCUCAACAGCCGCUGGAGGGACGACGAGGACCCUUCGGAGCGCCGGCGGGCCGGACCUCCCGGUUGCGUGGCCACCACGAUGAGCCGGGUCAGCUUCCGCUCCCGUUCGGCGUGGCAGGAGCGCGGCGAUGAGGUUCGGGCCAAGUCGGUGGAGCUGGGCCUCCCUCAGGACGGCCUCCCCCCCGCCUCUGAGGCCAGCUUCUCGGUGGCGUCAUUCUGGUCCGGCGUGGCGCACGUCUUCAGCUCCAAAAAGUUCCAGUCGGAGAACCUGGAGCGUCUGUACCAGCGCUACUUCUUCCGGCUCAACCAGAGCAGCCUGACCAUGUUGAUGGCGGUUCUGGUUCUGGUCUUCGGCGUCAUGCUACUCUUCCACUGCUCAGUGGGGAGUGAGCCCAGCGUGGCCUACGUGGUGGUCUUCUCCUUUGCCAUCCUGCUGACGUUGGCGCUGAUGGCGGCGUGCAACCGGACGGGUUUCCGGCAGGACCACAUGUGGGUGGUGUGCUAUACGCUCAUCCUGCUGCUGCUGCUGGUGCAGGUGGUUGGCGUGCUGGUGGUGCGGCCCCGGGACGCCUCAGAGGGCAUCUGGUGGACCGUGUUCUUCAUCCACGUGGUCUACACGCUGCUGCCCGUUCGCAUGCGAGCCGCCGUGUUCACCGGACUGCUGCUGUCCGCCGUACACGUGGCCCUGUCGUGGAUGCAGAACAAGGUGGAUCCUUUUCUCUGGAAGCAGCUGGUGUCCAACAUGCUGAUCUUCUCGUGCACCAACAUCGUGGGUGUGUGUACACAUUACCCGGCGGAGGGCUCUCAGAGGCAAGCCUUCCGGGAGACGCGGGAAUGCAUCCAAGCUCGCUUGCACUCGCAACGGGAGAACCAGCAGCAGGAGCGUCUGCUGCUGUCGGUGCUUCCCCGCCACGUCGCCAUGGAGAUGAAGGCGGACAUCAACGCCAAGCAGGAGGACAUGAUGUUUCACAAAAUCUACAUACAGAAACACGACAAUGUCAGCAUCCUGUUCGCAGAUAUCGAAGGCUUCACGAGUUUGGCGUCUCAGUGUACGGCUCAGGAGCUGGUCAUGACGCUCAACGAACUCUUUGCUCGCUUUGACAAGUUGGCGGCGGAGAAUCACUGCCUGCGCAUCAAGAUCCUUGGCGACUGCUACUACUGCGUGUCGGGCCUUCCGGAGGCCCGCGCUGACCACGCCCACUGCUGCGUGGAAAUGGGCCUGGACAUGAUCGAAGCCAUCUCGCUGGUCCGGGAGGUGACGGGAGUCAACGUGAACAUGAGGGUGGGCAUCCACAGCGGGCGUGUCCACUGCGGCGUGCUGGGCCUGAGGAAAUGGCAGUUUGACGUCUGGUCCAACGACGUCACGCUCGCCAACCAGAUGGAGGCUGGCGGGAAAGCGGGGCGCAUCCACAUCACGAAGGCCACACUCAACUAUCUGAACGGCGACUACGACGUGGAGGCGGGAGCGGGUGGCGAGAGGAACGCUUACCUGAAGAGGAACAGCAUCGAGACCUUCCUCAUUGUCGGAUGCAGCGAGAAGAGGAAAGAGGAGAAGGCCGUGAUCGCCAAGAUGAAUUGUCAUCGGACAAAUUCAGUGACUCACAAUAGCAGCCACUGGACAGACAGACCUUUCUACAAUCACCUGGCCAACAACAACCAAAUCUCCAAGGAGAUGAAGAGGAUGGGCUUUGAAGAUCCAAAGGACAAACACACGCAGGAGCACAUGAACCCCGAGGACGAGGUGGAUGAGUUCCUGGGCCGAGCCAUCGACGCCCGCAGCAUCGACCGCCUCAGGUCGGAACAUGUCAGGAAGUUCCUGCUCACCUUCAGGGAGGACGACCUGGAGAGCAAGUACUCCAGACAGAUGGACUCCCGCUUCGGGGCGUACGUGGCCUGCGCCUCUCUCGUCUUCCUCUUCAUCUGCUGCAUACACGUAGUCAUCGUGCCUUCUUCGGACUUGAUGAGGGGCUUCUUCACGUUCUGCCUGGUCCUCCUGAUGACGCUCAUGUUCGUUUCCAGCGUCUACUGCUGCUACGGGGUGUUCCCGAUGGCCCUGCAGACCUUCUCCAGGAGGAUCAUCCAAUCACGUCUCAACAGCAACCUGGUGGGCGUGGCCACCAUCCUGGUGGUCUUCCUGUCCGCCUUCAUCAACAUUUUCAGCUGCAGCGGGUGCGACCUUCGCGGCUGGAUCGGGGCGGAGCUUAACAUCAGCCGGGAUGCGGUUGAGGCCUGCCACGCUCGCUUACUCAAUUACACUCUGGACGCAGAGACGGGACCCUGCGGGGACCAGGCGCCCUUUUGUGGAUUUCCUGAGUACUUUUCGUGGUGCGUGGUCCUGAGUCUGCUGGCGUGCUCGGUGUUCCUGCAAGCUCACAGCCUGGGCAAGCUUGUUCUCAUGCUGUCCAUGGAGCUUCUCUACCUUCUGGUUGUGGAGCUGCCGCGGGGCGCGCUCCUCGACAACCGCGACCUCCUCGCCGUGGCCAACGCCGCCGAGCACGUGAACGGAACCAGCUGCGUGGUGGAGUCUAAGGUGCCUCUGAAGAUAAUGACGCCUGUGGUCAUCACCGUGUUUGUGCUGGCGCUGUACCUGCACGCCCAGCAGGUGGAGUCAACAGCCAGACUCGACUUCCUCUGGAAGCUGCAGGCGACGGAGGAGAAGGAAGAGAUGGAGGAGCUGCAGGCGUACAACCGCCGGUUGCUGCACAACAUCUUGCCCAAAGACGUGGCGGCGCACUUUUUACAGCGCGAACGUCGCAACGACGAGCUCUACUAUCAGUCGUGCGAGUGCGUGGCCGUCAUGUUCGCCUCCAUCAGCAACUUUUCAGAAUUUUACGUGGAGCUGGAGGGGAACAACGAGGGCGUCGAGUGCCUUCGGCUCCUUAACGAGAUUAUCGCUGACUUUGACGAGAUUAUCAGCGAGGACAACUUCCGACAAUUGGAGAAGAUCAAGACGAUCGGCUCGACGUACAUGGCGGCAUCGGGCCUGAACGCGUCCACAUACGAUAAGACGGGCCGCUCGCAUAUCCGCGCCCUGGCCGACUACGCCAUGCGCCUCAUGGAGCAGAUGAAACACAUCAACGAGCACUCCUUCAACAACUUCAAGAUGAAGAUCGGUCUGAACAUGGGCCCCGUGGUGGCCGGCGUGAUCGGGGCCCGAAAGCCUCAGUACGACAUUUGGGGCAACACCGUCAACGUGGCGAGCCGCAUGGACAGCACCGGCGUGCCUGAGAAAAUACAGGUGACAGCCGAUUUGUACCAGGUUCUGAACUCUUACAAUUACUCCCUGGAAUACCGAGGGGUGGUAACGGUUAAGGGCAAAGGCGACAUGAUGACCUACUUCCUCAACAGCGGACCUUCCCACAGCAGUUAACGCACUUCUUUUUCCUGGACCUUGAAGAGGGCAUGCUAGAAGAGGUCCUGCUGGACUGACAGGAAGUCCAAGGCCCCCCCCCCCUCCCCAAAACCCAAGGACAGAGAGAAGACGUUGAGACCAAAGAAACCAAUCAUAGCUCGCUGACAUUUUGAACGAGACAAAGUCCGACCUCUUCUGAGCUCCUGAACGUGAGCGGCCACUUCCUGUUUCUUAUCCACUUGGAAGCAAAAAAA